AUGAUGACACGGGUGGCGCUAGCCUUGGCCCUGAUCGGGGUGUCAGUGUGUGGUGUGGUCGGGCUUCAGCUGUGGCCAGUACCAUACAGGCGAUUUGACUAUCGUCCUAAGACAGAUCCCUACUGUCAAGCCCAAUAUACAUUUUGCCCUACUGGAUAUGCAGAUGGCUCUAUUCCCUUGAUGAAGGAUGAAGACACCAUUGAAAUUUUUCGACUACAAGCACCAGUUUGGGAAUUCAAGUAUGGAGAUCUUCUCGGUCAUUUUAAAAUUAUGCAUGAUGCCAUUGGAUUCAAGAGCUCAUUGACUGGGAAAAAUUACACUGCAGAAUGGUAUGAGCUUUUUCAGCUUGGAAAUUGUACAUUCCCUCACCUUCGGCCUGAUGUAGAGGAACCUUUCUGGUGUAAUCAAGGAGCAGCCUGCUUCUUUGAAGGAAUAGAUGAUGAACACUGGAGGAGCUAUGGAACUUUAGUUCCAGUAGCAACAAUCUCAGGUUCCAUGUUUAAUCAGCUGGCAAAAUGGAUAAAAGAAGAUAACAACACUGGCAUUUACUAUGAGACAUGGACCGUGAAGGAUUCAAUGGCACCUAACUCAACUUUGUGGUUUGAUUCUUAUGACUGCAGCAAAUUUGUGCUUCGAGUGUACCAGAAGUUAUCAGAGCUCGGAGCCACCUUCAAGAAGAGCAUUGAGACAAAGUAUACUCGCUUGUUCUUGUAUAGUGGCGAGCCUGUGUACCUGGGGAAUGCAAGCACCAUUUUCGGCCCACAUGGGAACAAGUCACUAGCAGCAGAGAUUCACAAGUUUUAUUUCCCUUACAGACCACAUCAAUCAUUUAAAGACCUUCUUUUAAGCAUCCUUGAAAUUUAUGGGAAAUCUGUGUUACAAAAGACAUUUUAUUUAUAUUAUAAUUUUGAAUAUUGGUAUUUACCUAUGAAACCGCCUUACAUUACAAUUACAUAUGAAGAAAUCCCUCUGCCGUCCAGAUAG